GAAGAGGAGGAGGAAAGGAGAGCCCGAGCCCGAGCCUGAGGCAGAGGACGAGAGACUGACCUACCAGGCUCCAGAUAGUGAAGGAAGUUUGAGAGGUGAAGAGGAGUCAGGAGCUCCCAGGACCGCUACCCAGAGCCAGGAGGGGACUCUGCCUCCCAGCCCAGCCCCGGGCUCCGACCACCCCUGCCCCACCGAGCCGGCUCCGGACCCCGUCCACGGGGAUCUGAAGGCGCUCCACGCCGCCCCCAGCCCUGUCCUCUGGACCCAGGAUCGGGACUCCCGACAGCUUGUCUUAGCCCCUUCCUCGGACUUCGCCCGACCCCCGAAGCGAUCACGAUGAACAACAGUAACUACCCCGAGGGCCUGGGCGAGGAGAUGGAGGAGAUGCCGUCCACGGAGAAGGACCUGGCCGAGGACGCGCCGUGGAAGAAGAUCCAGCAGAACACCUUCACCCGCUGGUGUAACGAGCAUUUAAAGUGCGUGGGCAAGCGCCUGGGGGACCUCCAGAGGGACCUGAGCGACGGCCUGCGCCUCAUCGCCUUGCUCGAGGUGCUGAGCCAGAAGCGCAUGUACCGCAAGUUCCACCCGCGGCCCAACUUUCGCCAGAUGAAACUCGAAAACGUGUCCGUGGCUCUCGAGUUCUUGGAGCGCGAACACAUCAAGCUGGUGUCCAUCGAUAGCAAGGCCAUUGUGGAUGGGAACUUAAAGCUGAUCCUGGGUCUUAUCUGGACCCUGAUCCUGCACUACUCCAUCUCCAUGCCCAUGUGGGAGGAUGAGGAUGAUGAAGAUGCUCGCAAACAGACCCCCAAGCAGCGGUUACUUGGCUGGAUCCAGAAUAAGGUGCCCCAGCUGCCCAUCACCAACUUCAACAGAGAUUGGCAGGAUGGCAAGGCCCUGGGGGCCCUGGUGGACAACUGUGCCCCUGGCCUGUGUCCCAACUGGGAGGCGUGGGAUCCCAACCAGCCAGUGGAGAAUGCCCGAGAGGCAAUGCAACAGGCUGAUGACUGGUUAGGUGUGCCACAGGUGAUUGCCCCUGAGGAGAUCGUGGACCCCAAUGUGGAUGAGCACUCUGUCAUGACCUACCUGUCCCAGUUCCCAAAGGCCAAGCUCAAACCUGGAGCCCCUGUUCGAUCCAAGCAGUUGAAUCCCAAGAAGGCCACAGCCUAUGGGCCUGGCAUCGAGCCUCAUGGGAACACAGUGCUUCAGCCAGCCCAUUUUACUGUGCAGACAGUAGAUGCAGGACUGGGGGAGGUACUCGUGUACAUUGAGGACCCCGAAGGCCACACUGAAGAGGCCAAAGUGGUUCCCAAUAAUGACAAGGACCGGACCUAUGCUGUUUCCUAUGUCCCCAAGGUGGCAGGGCUACACAAGGUAACAGUGCUCUUUGCUGGCCAAAAUAUCGAGCGCAGCCCCUUUGAGGUGAACGUGGGCAUGGCCCUGGGUGAUGCUAACAAAGUGUCAGCUCGAGGACCUGGUCUAGAGCCAGUGGGCAAUGUGGCCAACAAACCCACCUACUUUGAUAUCUACACUGCAGGAGCAGGAAAUGGCGAUGUUUCUGUGGUGAUUGUUGACCCUCAGGGUCGGCGGGACACAGUGGAAGUGGCGUUGGAGGAUAAGGGUGACAGCACCUUCCGCUGCACCUACCGGCCUGUGCUUGAGGGGCCCCACACGGUACACGUGGCCUUUGCUGGGUCCCCCAUCAGUCGAAGCCCUUUCCCUGUCCAUGUGGCUGAAGCUUGCAACCCAAACGCCUGCCGGGCAACAGGCCGAGGCCUCCAGCCCAAGGGUGUCCGAGUGAAGGAGGUUGCGGAUUUCAAGGUGUUCACUAAGGGUGCGGGCAGUGGAGAGCUCAAAGUCACCGUGAAAGGGCCAAAGGGUACAGAGGAGCCAGUGAAGGUGCGGGAGGCAGGUGACGGCGUGUAUGAAUGUGAAUACUAUCCUGUGGUGCCUGGAAAAUAUGUGGUCACCAUCACAUGGGGUGGCUAUGCCAUCCCACGCAGUCCCUUCGAGGUACAGGUGAGUCCUGAGGCUGGAGUCCAGAAAGUGCGAGCCUGGGGCCCUGGCCUGGAGACUGGCCAAGUGGGCAAGUCAGCAGACUUUGUGGUGGAGGCCAUUGGCACAGAGGUGGGAACACUGGGCUUCUCCAUCGAGGGACCAUCCCAGGCUAAGAUUGAAUGUGAUGACAAGGGAGAUGGCUCGUGUGAUGUGCGUUACUGGCCUACAGAGCCAGGGGAGUAUGCCGUUCAUGUCAUCUGUGAUGAUGAAGAUAUCCGGGACUCUCCCUUCAUUGCCCACAUUCAGCCUGCCGCACCAGACUGUUUCCCAGAUAAGGUGAAGGCCUUUGGACCAGGGCUAGAGCCUACAGGCUGCAUCGUGGACAAACCAGCAGAGUUCACCAUUGAUGCCCGCGCUGCUGGCAAAGGUGACCUCAAGCUCUAUGCCCAGGAUGCUGAAGGCUGCCCUAUUGAUAUCAAGGUGGUUCCCAAUGGAGAUGGCACUUUCCGAUGCUCCUAUGUGCCCACCAAGCCCAUCAAGCAUACCAUCAUUGUCACCUGGGGAGGGGUCAAUGUCCCAAAGAGCCCCUUCCGGGUAAAUGUGGGGGAGGGCAGUCACCCUGAGAAGGUGAGAGUGUAUGGUCCAGGAGUGGAGAAAACUGGCCUCAAGGCUAAUGAACCAACCUACUUUACUGUGGACUGCAGCGAAGCUGGACAAGGGGAUGUGAGCAUAGGCAUUAAGUGUGCCCCAGGCGUUGUGGGUCCUGUGGAAGCCGACAUUGAUUUUGAUAUCAUCAAGAAUGACAAUGAUACCUUCACUGUCAAGUACACGCCCCCUGGGGCUGGCCACUACACCAUCAUGGUGCUGUUCGCUAACCAGGAAAUCCCAGCCAGCCCCUUCCACAUCAAAGUGGACCCAUCCCAUGAUGCCAGCAAGGUCAGAGCCGAGGGUCCAGGGCUCAACCGCACGGGUGUGGAAGUUGGGAAGCCAACACACUUUACGGUGCUGACCAAGGGUGCUGGGAAGGCCAAGCUGGAUGUUCACUUUGCUGGGGCAGCAAAGGGAGAGGCUGUUCGAGAUUUUGAGAUCAUUGACAACCAUGACUAUUCCUACACUGUCAAGUAUACAGCUGUCCAGCAGGGUAACAUGGCAGUCACUGUGACUUACGGUGGGGAUCCUGUCCCUAAAAGCCCCUUUGUGGUGAAUGUGGCACCCCCUUUGGACCUCAGCAAGGUCAAAGUUCAAGGCCUUAACAGCAAGGUAGCUGUGGGACAGGAGCAGGCAUUUUCAGUGAACACUCGGGGUGCAGGCGGCCAGGGACAGUUAGAUGUACGAAUGACUUCGCCUUCACGCCGCCCCAUCCCCUGCAAGUUGGAGCCAGGAGGUGGAGCAGAGGCCCAGGCUGUUCGAUACAUGCCUCCUGAGGAGGGGCCUUACAAGGUGGACAUCACCUACGAUGGUCACCCAGUGCCUGGCAGCCCCUUUGCCGUUGAGGGUGUCCUGCCCCCUGACCCCUCCAAGGUGUGCGCCUAUGGCCCUGGACUCAAGGGUGGCUUGGUGGGUACACCAGCACCGUUUUCCAUCGACACCAAGGGUGCAGGAACAGGAGGCCUGGGGCUGACAGUAGAAGGUCCCUGUGAGGCCAAGAUUGAAUGCCAGGAUAAUGGAGAUGGCUCAUGUGCGGUAAGCUACCUGCCCACAGAGCCAGGUGAGUAUACCAUCAAUAUCCUCUUUGCUGAGGCCCACAUUCCUGGCUCACCCUUCAAGGCAGACAUCCGACCAGUCUUUGACCCUAGCAAGGUUCGGGCUAGUGGGCCUGGGCUGGAGCGAGGUAAGGCUGGUGAAGCGGCCACCUUCACCGUGGACUGCUCAGAAGCGGGAGAGGCCGAGCUGACCAUCGAGAUCCUGUCUGAUGCCGGAGUGAAGGCUGAGGUGCUGAUCCACAACAAUGCUGAUGGCACCUACCACAUCACCUACAGCCCUGCUUUCCCUGGCAUCUACACCAUCACCAUCAAAUAUGGAGGACACCCUGUCCCCAAAUUCCCUUCCCGGGUCCACGUCCAGCCUGCGGUUGAUACUAGCGGCAUCAAGGUCUCUGGGCCUGGUGUGGAGCCCCAUGGUGUUCUCCGAGAGGUGACCACAGAGUUCACCGUGGACGCUCGAUCCUUGACUGCUACAGGUGGGAACCAUGUGACAGCACGGGUGCUCAAUCCAUCGGGAGCUAAGACUGACACCUACGUGACAGACAACGGGGACGGCACCUACCGAGUGCAGUACACCGCCUAUGAAGAGGGCGUCCACUUGGUGGAGGUGUUAUACGAUGAAGUGGCAGUUCCCAAGAGUCCAUUCCGAGUUGGUGUGACUGAAGGCUGUGACCCAUCCCGCGUGCGGGCCUAUGGGCCUGGCCUAGAGGGAGGGCUGGUCAACAAGGCUAACCGCUUCACCGUGGAGACCAGGGGAGCUGGCACUGGGGGCCUGGGCCUGGCUAUUGAGGGUCCCUCAGAAGCAAAGAUGUCCUGCAAAGACAACAAGGAUGGCAGCUGCAGCGUGGAGUAUAUCCCCUUCACCCCUGGAGACUAUGAUGUCAACAUCACCUUUGGAGGGCGUCCUAUCCCAGGGAGCCCAUUCCGAGUACCAGUGAAGGAUGUGGUAGAUCCUGGAAAGGUGAAGUGUUCAGGCCCUGGUCUGGGAGCUGGUGUCCGAGCUAGAGUCCCCCAGACCUUCACAGUAGAUUGUAGUCAAGCUGGACGAGCCCCGCUGCAGGUGGCAGUGGUAGGACCCACAGGAGUGGCAGAACCAGUCGAGGUGCGAGAUAAAGGGGAUGGUACCCACACUGUGAACUAUACCCCAGCCACUGAUGGCCCAUACACUGUGGCUGUCAAGUAUGCUGACCAGGAAGUGCCACGCAGCCCCUUCAAGAUCAAGGUGCUGCCAGCUCAUGAUGCCAGCAAGGUCCGAGCAAGCGGUCCUGGGCUCAAUGCUUCAGGCAUCCCAGCCAGCCUUCCUGUGGAGUUCACCAUCGAUGCCAGAGAUGCUGGAGAGGGACUGCUUACUGUCCAGAUUCUGGACCCUGAGGGCAAACCCAAAAAGGCCAAUAUCCGAGACAACGGGGAUGGCACAUACACUGUAUCCUACCUGCCAGAUAUGAGUGGUCGAUACACCAUCACCAUCAAGUAUGGGGGUGAUGAGAUCCCCUACUCCCCCUUCCGAAUCCAUGCCUUGCCCACUGGGGAUGCCAGCAAGUGCCUUGUCACUGUGUCCAUCGGCGGUCAUGGCCUAGGUGCAUGCCUGGGUCCUCGCAUUCAGAUUGGGGAGGAGACGGUUAUCACAGUGGAUGCCAAGGCAGCAGGAAAGGGCAAGGUGACAUGCACGGUGUCGACCCCAGAUGGGGCAGAGCUGGAUGUGGAUGUUGUAGAAAACCAUGACGGCACCUUUGACAUCUACUACACUGCCCCUGAGCCGGGCAAGUAUGUCAUCACCAUCCGGUUUGGAGGAGAACACAUUCCUAACAGCCCCUUCCAUGUAUUGGCGUGUGACCCCAUUCCCCACGUGGAGGAGCCGUGUGAUACCCUACAGCUGCGCCAGCCCUUCCCUACACACCAGCCCAGUAGCUACCCCACCCAUUGGGCCACAGAUGAGCCAGUGGUCCCAGCAGAGCCCAUGGAGUCCAUGUUGAGACCCUUCAACUUGGUUAUCCCAUUUACAGUCCAGAAGGGAGAGAUCACAGGUGAGGUGCGGAUGCCCUCGGGGAAGACUGCAAGGCCCAAUAUCACAGAUAAUAAGGAUGGCACCAUCACAGUGAGGUACGCGCCCAGUGAGAAGGGACUACACGAGAUGGGAAUCAAAUAUGAUGGCAAUCACAUUCCUGGGAGUCCCAUGCAGUUCUAUGUUGAUGCCAUCAAUAGCCGCCAUGUGAGUGCCUAUGGGCCAGGCCUGAGCCACGGCAUGGUCAACAAGCCAGCCACCUUCACAAUUGUCACCAAGGAUGCUGGGGAAGGGGGCCUGUCUCUUGCUGUGGAAGGCCCAUCUAAGGCAGAGAUCACCUGUAAGGACAAUAAGGAUGGCACCUGUACAGUAUCCUACCUCCCUACCGCUCCCGGGGACUAUAGCAUCAUAGUCCGUUUUGAUGACAAGCACAUCCCAGGGAGUCCCUUCACUGCCAAGAUCACAGGUGAUGACUCAAUGCGGACUUCACAGUUGAAUGUGGGCACAUCCACGGACGUGUCACUGAAGAUCACCGAGAGUGAUCUGAGUCUGCUGACGGCCAGCAUCCGGGCUCCCUCGGGCAAUGAGGAGCCCUGCCUGCUCAAGAGGCUGCCUAACCGGCAUAUUGGUAUCUCAUUCACGCCCAAAGAGGUGGGCGAGCAUGUAGUGAGCGUUCGAAAGAGUGGGAAGCAUGUCACCAACAGUCCCUUCAAGAUUCUUGUGGGGCCUUCAGAGAUUGGUGAUGCUAGCAAAGUUCGAGUGUGGGGCAAAGGUCUGUCAGAAGGCCACACCUUCCAGGUGGCAGAAUUCAUUGUGGACACAAGGAAUGCAGGGUAUGGUGGUCUGGGGCUGAGCAUUGAAGGUCCCAGCAAGGUGGACAUCAACUGUGAGGACAUGGAGGAUGGGACUUGUAAAGUGACCUACUGUCCCACCGAGCCCGGCAACUACACCAUUAACAUCAAGUUUGCUGACAAGCAUGUGCCUGGGAGCCCAUUCACUGUGAAGGUUACUGGAGAGGGACGGAUGAAGGAAAGUAUCACCCGCCGCCGGCAGGCAGCUUCCAUUGCCUCUGUAGGGAGCACCUGUGACCUCAACCUCAAGAUCCCAGGAAACUGGUUCCAGAUGGUUUCUGCCCAGGAGCGCCUGACCAGAACAUUCACAAGGAGUAGUCAUACAUAUACACGGACAGAGAGGACAGAGAUCAGCAAAACACGGGGUGGAGAAACCAAGCGAGAGGUCAGGGUGGAGGAGUCCACUCAAGUUGGGGGAGACCCCUUCCCUGCCGUCUUUGGAGAUUUCCUGGGUCGUGAACGCAUUGGCUCUUUUGGCAGUAUUAGCAGGCAGCAGGAAGGUGAGGCAGGCUCCCAGGACAUGACAGCCCAGGUGACAAGCCCGUCAGGGAAGACUGAAGAAGCAGAGAUCCUGGAGGGAGAGAAUAGUGCCUACAGCGUGCGUUUUGUGCCCAAAGAGAUGGGGCCUCACACCGUCACUGUCAAGUAUCGUGGCCAGCAUGUGCCCGGCAGCCCCUUCCAGUUCACCGUGGGGCCCCUUGGUGAAGGGGGUGCCCACAAGGUGCGAGCUGGGGGCACAGGACUUGAGCGUGCUGUUGCUGGAGUGCCAGCUGAAUUCAGCAUCUGGACCCGGGAGGCAGGUGCUGGAGGCCUAUCUAUUGCUGUGGAGGGGCCCAGCAAGGCUGAGAUCGCAUUUGAGGACCGCAAGGAUGGUUCCUGUGGUGUCUCCUACAUCGUGCAGGAACCAGGUGACUAUGAGGUCUCCAUCAAGUUCAAUGAUGAACACAUCCCCGACAGCCCCUUCGUGGUACCUGUGGCCUCCCUCUCUGAUGAUGCCCGGCGCCUCACCGUUACUAGCCUUCAGGAGACUGGACUGAAGGUGAACCAACCAGCUUCCUUUGCAGUACAGCUGAAUGGUGCCCGUGGUGUGAUUGAUGCCAGGGUCCACACCCCCUCAGGGGCUGUAGAGGAGUGCUACGUCUCUGAGCUAGACAGCGACAAGCACACCAUUCGCUUUAUCCCUCAUGAGAAUGGUGUCCAUUCUAUCGAUGUCAAGUUCAAUGGUUCUCACAUCCCUGGGAGCCCCUUCAAGAUUCGAGUUGGAGAGCAAAGCCAAGCUGGAGACCCAGGGCUGGUCUCAGCCUAUGGUCCUGGGCUUGAGGGAGGAACUACUGGUGUGUCCUCUGAGUUCAUCGUGAACACCUUGAAUGCCGGCUCAGGGGCCUUGUCUGUUACCAUUGAUGGCCCCUCCAAAGUGCAGCUGGACUGUCGGGAAUGCCCAGAGGGCCAUGUGGUCACCUACACCCCUAUGGCCCCAGGCAACUACCUCAUCGCCAUCAAAUAUGGCGGCCCCCAGCACAUUGUGGGCAGCCCCUUCAAGGCUAAGGUUACAGGGCCCCGGCUGUCAGGAGGCCACAGCCUUCAUGAGACCUCCACGGUGCUGGUGGAGACAGUGACCAAGUCAUCCUCCAGCCGUGGCUCCAGCUACAGCUCCAUCCCCAAGUUCUCCUCAGAUGCCAGCAAGGUGGUGACCAGGGGCCCCGGGCUGACCAAGGCCUUCAUAGGCCAGAAGAACUCCUUCACAGUGGACUGUAGCAAAGCAGGCACCAACAUGAUGAUGGUGGGUGUACAUGGGCCCAAGACUCCCUGUGAGGAAGUAUACGUGAAGCACAUGGGAAAUCGAGUGUACAACGUCACCUACACUGUCAAGGAAAAGGGGGACUACAUCCUCAUUGUCAAGUGGGGAGAUGAAAGUGUCCCAGGCAGUCCCUUCAAAGUCAAUGUGCCCUGAGCCCCCAAACUGCUUCCCCCAGCCCCACACCCUCCCUGGCUAAAAACACACACACACACACACACACACACACAUACACAACACACACACACACACACACACACACAGAUUUCCAAUACAGACAUGUGCAGAUGCAGAGACACACCCACAUACAUGAACACCUGAUUUGGGGAAAAGGCCUGUCCUUGGACUGGGGGAGCUGAAUGAACAGAUUCUCCCACUGACCCCUCUGGGAGAAUAGGGGAACUUUGUCUGCUGAUUGAAGACAUUGUCGAUCCCCUAGAAUGUGAUUCUGGUAGGAUGAGUGGAGACCUCAUUCUCCUCACUCCUAACCAGGGCCAGAGGGCUAGUGGGCAGGGACAUAGAUUGACUGAGCUGGGGGAAUUCAGGGGGGUGCAUGUGUGUGAUUGUGUGUGUGUGAUUGCUCCAAAGUGCACUGAUAACUAAGACCCUGGGACAGCUCCCCCUGCCUCCCCUCCCCAAACUUUUCUAGGACUCUUCCCCCCAUCCCCCGAAGACUGUGCCUUGCCCCUCUGACAGCCAGACGUCUAUGGUGCUAAGGACUCUUAAGAAGCUAAAGAAGAAAAACCAUUCGGAGAAAAGAGUACAGAUGGAGAAAUAACAGCACCCUGGCUGGCCCUGGACUCAGAGGGUUUUGUACACUUCGCCCAGCCCAGCUUUCUUGGGGCCUGGUUUUUUUCUUGUUGUUAUUUUUAAUUGUUGCACAGCUCUGCCCCAAUGGGGGCCUUUUGUACACUUCGCGCAGCCCAGCAUGGAGCUACUUGGGUAAAAAAUCAUCAAACAUGCCCAAAUAAAGUAUGGCCUGUCGCAGA